AUGAAAUUAUUAAUUUUAACAAUAACACUUUUUGUUCUUGGUUCAGCUAUGCCUCAUCAUGGUAUGAAUGGAGAUAGAGAACCAGAAUUUGUUAAGAAUAUGUCUGAAGAGGGAAAACAAAAGUUUCAAGAACUUAUGAAAGAUGAAACAAAAACUAAAGGUCAAAUUGAAACAGAAAUUAAUAAUAUAAUAGCUAAUGAAUCAGAUGAUGUUAAGAAACAAUUUGAAGAAAUGAAAACUAAAAAAGAAGAAAUGAGAACUCAAUUAAAAACUAAAUUUAAUGAUGUUCUUUCAAAACUUUCACCAGAUGCUCAAAAUGUUGUUUCAAAAAUUGAAGCUAUUCAUAAUGACAUGAACAUAACACAUCGACAAGAAAUUGAACAAAUUAAAGAAGCUAUCAAUACUGUAACUGAUGCAACAGUAAAAGGAGAAUUAGAAAGUCUUAGAGAUAGCAUGUUCAAAACCAGAUCAUUAGAAGAUAAUUAG